AUGUCGGACCUUGACGAGGAAAAUGAUAGCUGCAGCUGCUUUCGGGCCUUUGCCUUCUUCCUGCUGGGAGUGGUUUGCGCCUGUCUGCUGCCGUGGUUUCGAUCUUCCGCAAGUUUCAUCAUAUAUGGCAAAGUCCGCGCCACUGGCAAUAGCACAGGUGCCUUUGCCGUGCCCCUGGAGACGACCUCGACGCUGCUGACCACAGUCGCCCCGUCCGUGUCAACGACCCCAGCAUCGAGGCCCGCCACUACGACUACCAGGCUGCCCGCCCUCAAAACAACGACGACGAAUGUGAAGAGUGCUGCUCCAAAGACAAAUUCCUUGUGCUCUGCUACCAGGGAGUGUGGAAACUGGGUGAGGAUGCCAGCACCUGGCACGCAGAGUCAGCCACUUGGAGGUCAUCCUGCUUUCCGGAAUAAGCAUAUCGUAAUGAUUGGAGACUCACGAAUGCGAUACCAAUACAUGUCCCUGGCAUACUUCUUUACAUCUGGUGCCUUUGCCACGGGCGAAGAUUUGUCUUUGCUGACCAGCGCCGAGAAGUCUGGAAAGAAUUGGGCCAGUUGGUUCAAUCGCACGAACCACCUCCUGAAAUACGAGCUGUGCAAUUGCUAUCGACCACAAGGCGGCAUGAAGGAUGCGACGGAGCACCGGUACUACCGCAACCCUCACAAUAUGGUUGCAAUUACCUAUCUGCAGAAAUUCGGUGAAGCCUUCCUUCCGAUGAGGGGUCACUGGCAUGCGAACGGCACAAGCAUUGACCUCUGCAACUGUCAGUGCGGUCCGAACAAAUGCCAUCCCGCUAUAGA